AUGAAAGUUACGAUAGCGGAAUUGGUUGUUUUGUUAUUUUCUGUAAUUUGUAUUGAUGGGAAGGAGGACAAUGGGUGUACGUUGAUAACAGAUUAUCACGGUGAUGCACCUUUAAGUGAGUCCGUGUGUUAUCUCAGUUGCCUUUCGGAUGCAUUAAAUAAAUUGUACAGCGAGGGAGAGAGGAGGCUGUUUGUGAAUGAGGAAGUGUAUGCAAAUGCAUUUCGUAUAUUGGAUGAUAUGGAAGGAAGAGCAGGUGAAAGUGUUAGAUAUUUGAGUAUUAUUAGUGUUGCGAUGGUAGAGGAAAAUAAUAGGUUGGAAAAGCUUAUAUCUCAUGGAAAUGCAAUGGGAGACCUUGUAGCUAAGGCUGGUGGAUUAUUUGCUGAGGUUAAUGAAAGUGUGAGGGCAGUGAGGAAAGAAAUACCUGGUGCCCUUAUAAAAGUGAAUAAAUAUUAUACGGCUAUUGCUGAGAUCACAAGGACUGUGUGGGAUGAUGUUAAAGCUGUGGAAAGUGGAAAGCACGAAUGUAAAGAUCAAGAGUUUAGAGGUGUUAAAGAGUUUGACGUUACAUGUGGAGAUAACGCAUGUCUGCUGGCACAUGGUGUGAGUGAGGGCGCCCUCAAACAUUAUAAGAAUGGGCUUCUUGAAAUAAACGUGAUGAGUGGUUCUGUGAGCAAAUGCCUCAACUUACCACGCAAUAACCUGUAUUUGAAUGGCGCGAUAAAUAGUUCCCACGGCUUGCUGAAGUGGCGCCAACACAGUGCCGAAAUGUUCCAGCUUGAACUUAGAGUAAAGAAUAUUUUUAAUCCCCUCGUCGCAUCUUUUGCUGCUGGACAAUCGUCUUCAGUACUUGCCGAAAUGAUGGCCAAUAUCACUUCGCUUUACUCUCGUUUCAACGAAGUCCACAGGAGUUUCACUUCUUUGCUAGUCAACCCCAAUCUCACUGACACCGGGGAUGGUAUUGAUUCCAUUUUUUAA